AUGGACGUGGAUAUCGUAAAAUAUCCGACCCGUAACACGUUUUUGAAAGUUAAACCUAAUGGCGAUGUUGCGUAUAGCGAAAGACUUAAAGUGAACUACAGGUGCGGACCGCAGAAAAAUGGAUUUAAAACGGGUGAUUUGGAAUAUUCAUGGGCUAAGGGUGACGAAUCGGUUCUAUUUGAUAAAAAGGACACUGCUCAAAAAUAUAAAUUAACCGAGGCCUUAGCUCGUAAUGAAACGGUGACCUUCGUGUCAUUUGGUGAUCACCACAACCUCCUCCUCAGUGUCGGCCACUCCACCACCAAAAUAGCUGUCAUUCAACAGUUGGGCGACAAGUCUGUGGUACGCAAGAGGACGGCGAAGAAGUCAAUGGCCAUA